CCGAGAAGAUGUUCGAGUGGUGGCUUCUUUGUGUGUGCCUUCAGUGGCUUGGUCGCGCGGAGGCCACUGAGCCUGCUGAUCCGUUGCUGGCCCUUUCUGCCAAGGACUUCCAGUUGGAGUUUCUGCGAGAGCUCACCGUUCUGGCUGAACAACGGGCUGAGGUGUGUCUCAACGAUUACCUGGCCCAGCUGGAACAAGAUGCGCAAUAUGCCAACUACACUGGCGAAUUGAGUGCAGUCCGCUCGACAGCCAAGCUCCCGCACAAGGUGACGCUCAUAAAGCAGCUCCUAGAUGCGAAGCCCCACCAGGAAACGGAUCUAGAGCACACCACUGUGCUGCGAAACCUCGUCUUCCUAAACCGCUUGAAGGCCAUGUUUAGGGCGAGUAGGGAUGCCAGCACUCAGGAGAUUCGACAGCUGCGUCUGCAUCGCCUUUGCCAGCAAUUCGACCAUCUGACGCCUCCUCGCAGGACGAGCUUGAUCAACGAGCAGACCGUCGGAGCUGCUGUGGAGAAACUGAACCUCACCAGAAGCGGUGACCCAGCCAGUGCCCUGGAUCUGAAUCAGUUUGGGGCGCAGCUAUACGAGAGAGUUAAAAAUUCCGGGGCCGAGAUUAUCGACAACUAUCUGCAGAUCCUGCGUGGUCUGCUGCAGGACAUCAUCGAUGGCGAUCACGCGGAUCUGGCCGAAAGCAGUAGCCGGUUGGACAACAUGCUGCUUCAGUUGGAUGGCAUGCUGGCAACGGAGGAUUUCUUCGAGAAGCGGCAGAAGGUAUACGCUUACCUCGAGCGCCACCUGACCACCGAUUACGAGCAGCUGCGGGACUCGGCAGGAGCUGAGCAUCAUCUUACGGAGCAGCUCCUUGCCCAGCUGAAAGCCAAGGGCUUGGACCUGUUUGUAAUUUUCUUGUUCAGCAACUUUGAGUUCCUGGAGAAGGUGCACGAGCACUGGGCCCAGAUGCUGCCGCAGGACUCAAGUCUGCUGUUGGACGAGACCACGCGUAAGUUGUACGACCUGCAGCAGCUCUACGAGAUCUUCAAGCUCGACACGGAGAGCCAAGCCAAGUAUGAGGCCUACUCGGAUGCCCUGCGCCGACUCCACGAACUGACUGUGGAACAGGGCCAGCGUAACCGCCAUAUCUUCGAGCUCCUCAGCAACGCUGCCCAGAAUGUGGGCAGUGUCACCUUUAACAUGAUCAAGGCCAAAUGCAAAGACUUAAUCUGAGAGAAUUUAUUUGGUUGGAAUUUUUCGGUUUAUAGUACAUAUUAAUCAUGGGUUCAAUGAGAGGUUUUAGUAUAUUAUAUAAAUACUCUUUGAGCUUUUUAUGUUACUUAUAAAGUUAUGUCUUGAGGUUACAAAAAAGCUGCGAGCUGUAUUCAUAUCAAUCAUUUACCAAGAGUAAAUAAAUUUCUUUACUUAAA